GGUUUGGCUCCUCUUCAUCGGACUCACACCAUGAUUUUUCUCCAUAGGGCUCGUCGGCAUUGCUCUCUUGGUCAGUCUCUCCUCCGUACCAACCUUGGUGGCUCGUGGUCUCUUGGGAUGGGUCUGGUGGCUCGGGUUCACGUUCUUCUCCAUCUGAUACUGAAGCCAUCUUUUGCAAAGAAGCUAAAUGCGGAUGGUUUUAGUCCGUUGCAUCUCGCUGUUGAGAACCAGCAAGAUAAGUUAGCACGAGAGCUAGCCAAGUUUGAUCCCAGUCUUGUGCGAAUUCGUGGAAGAGGAGGUAUGACACCGUUGCAUCUUGUGGCAAGGAACGGUGAUGUCGAACUUCUUACUGAGUUUCUUCUAGCAUGUCCUGAAAGCAUUACAGAUGCGAAUGUAAAUGGAGAAACUGCUUUACACAUCACGGUUAUAUAUGAUAGAUUUGAAGAGCUCAAACUUCUCACAGGGUGGAUGCAAAAACGCCGCAAUAGUGUCGGUGCAUUCACCGAGAUUCACGUUCUGAACAGACGCGACCGUAAUGGCGACACUGCUUUGCACCUAGCUGCAGACAGGAACAAUCACAAGGUAGUGAAAAAGCUGUUAAAAUGUAUGACACUGGACCGGAACAUCCAGAACAACAAUGACAUGACGGCCCUUGAUGUCUUACGAGCCAAUAGAUCUCCCAUGAGUAAAGAUACAGAGAAAAUCAUUAAAAAGUCUGGUGGUAAGACUAGAUGCUCUCUAUCCAAAGUUGAGAAAAUGUCUGAGUUCCUGAGAAAACCGGUCACAUUUAGGGAAUAUUGCAAAACGAAACUGAUACGUUACCGGAGUCACGUGACGGACGGAUCACGGAACGCUCUUCUAGUAAUAACAGCUUUGAUAAUCACAGCUACUUAUGAGGCUGUAUCCGACCCGAAAGAAUUGAAGGGAGAAGUUACUUGGCAUGCAAUCAUAUUAAACGUUCUAAUGAUAUGGGGAUUCAAUACAACAGCCUUUAUCGCAUCUAUCGUGUUGACAUUUAUACUCUUACCAGUUGGUAGAGCAUAUACUCGGUGGUAUAUGUUUAUUACGGUGCCUCUCGUCUGUUCGUAUGCAAUUUCGAUCUACAUGAUGUAUGAGUCAGUGGCACUCAUCAUCUUGUAUCUAAUGAUCCUAUUCGGAUUCCUCGUGUAUUUACUGGUAUUCUAUGUUAGGUGGAAACGGACUACGCUGAAGAAGGUGUCGAAACCCAAAAUUGAACUGAUUUCGCAGGACUUCACCAAGACCACGGUUUAGCAAUUUCAAGCGUUGGUUUGUUCCCUGUAAAACUUUUCUUGUUAUUGUUAGUGAUAAUUGAGUUUGGUCAUUUGUUAUUUUAUAUAUAUAUAAGUGUGUGUGUGUGUUAAAGUUUUAUGUAUUAAGAGUCAUGAUCCGUAUAAGUUAGGUAUUUGUCAAGAGUCGUAAACAAAAGAAGAGACACAACUCUUCAUGUUGUUUUGUUUUUAUUGUUUCACGUCUAUAGAUAAAGACGUUGUCUUUGUAUUGUAACUAUAUCAUUCAGAUUUUCAAUAAAACAAAGUUGUGUGU